AAGACGUACGUGUCAGAUCAUCCAUGCGGUUGACAAUGGGAGACCAAUAAAAAUGCCCAAUGGAACAGGAACGGUAUAUGUAAGGGGAGAGCAGUUUGGAAUUUGAUCAGCUCCAACCAUCAUUCUUUCCUGUCUUGCAUUGAAGUUAAUUACUCUACCCUGGCCGAGUGAUCAAACAUGGCGCUCAGCAGUGGUGCCACUCUAGCCUUAGCAAUCAUUGCAGUGAUCACGGCUGGCAUAAUAACAGUGGUGGCUAUAGUUGCGAUAUACCAAUGCGCCAGAGCCAAGUACAGCAUGGAAAGGUAUUUGCAGAUGCAGCAGGAUGGCAGGGGUGAUCGCCGGCACCCAUCCAUCGCCUACCGUGACGGAGGGCACACGCCGAGGGUCGUCGACGAGGGCCACGUUGAGAUGGGCAACAUGAGCUUCUUCAUCGAGGGCGUCCAGAACGAGCGGCCCGUUCGGUUCAGCUCGCAGCAGCUGCGGGGCUUCACCCAGGGGUUCGCUCACAAGGUCGGCUCCGGCGGCUUCGGCGUGGUGUACAGGGGCCGGUUCCCCAACGGCACGCCCGUGGCCGUGAAGGUGCUCAACAGCACGCUCGGGAGGCGCGCGGAGGAGCAGUUCAUGGCGGAGGUGGGCACCAUCGGGAGGACCUACCACAUCAACCUCGUCCGCCUCUACGGCUUCUGCUUCGACGCGGCCGUGAAGGCGCUCGUGUAUGAGUACAUGGAGAACGGCUCGCUGGACCGGCACCUGUUCGGGUCGCCGGUGCCGGAGGCCCGUGCCAUCGGGUUCGAGAAGCUCCACGACAUCGCCGUCGGGACGGCCAAGGCGGUGCGGUACCUGCACGAGGAGUGCCAGCACCGGAUCAUCCACUACGACAUCAAGCCGGAGAACGUGCUGCUCGGGGCCGACAUGGCGCCCAAGGUGUCCGACUUCGGGCUCGCCAAGCUGUGCGACAGGGAGGACACCCACCUGACCAUCACGGGCGCGCGGGGCACGCCCGGGUACGCAGCGCCGGAGCUGUGGAUGCCGCUGCCGGUGACGCACAAGUGCGACGUGUACAGCUACGGGAUGCUGCUGUUCGAGAUGCUGGGGCGGCGGCGGAACCUGGAGCUCGGGCUGCACAGCCGCGCUGAGAGCCAGGAGUGGUACCCGCGGUGGGUGUGGCACCGGUUCGAGGCCGGCGAGAUGGACGCCGUGCUGGCGCGCGCGAUGGCCGCGGGGGAGCUGGACGCCACGGAGAAGGCGGCGAGGAUGUGCAAGGUGGCUCUGUGGUGCGUGCAGUACCGGCCGGAGGACAGGCCAUCCAUGGGCAACGUGGUGCGGAUGCUGGAGGGGGAGGAGCAGAUCGCCUCGCCGGGCAACCCGUUCGCGCACCUCGCGGCAUACAGCGUCGGCGCAACGCUGUCCGAUGACACCACCACAGAAUCCCACGGUUCUUCAGCUUUCACCGGCAGGUAG